AUGGAAAAAUAUUUUAAAAGAAAAUCAACAUUGGAGUCUCAACAAGUUAAUGAAGUGGAAAAUGCAUUUGCACAACAAGUAGGGUCAUCUUUGAUAAAAAGAUUUUUAGAUGUUGAUUUAGAUAAUCUUCCUAUUGAUCCUGGAGAAAGGAAUCAAAUGGCAUGUUAUCACCCAAAUGAUCGAGAUGAAAUCCGAAGAGCUUAUUUACAAAAAGGGCUUUGUCAACCAAAGGACCAUAAUUUUCCACAACGACAAUUUGGUACGUCUUUACGUAAGUUCAAUCCUUAUUGGUUUCUUGAAUUUGGUAGUUGGUUGGAAUAUAGUGUAUCAAAAGAUGUUGUUUUUUGUUUAUGUUGUUACCUUAUGAGACAUGAGAUAGGAGAACACAAAGGUUGGGAUGCAUUUGUGACUGAGGGAUUUUCAAAUUGGAAAAAGAAAGAUAGACUCAAUGUCCAUGUUGGAGGUCCGAAUAGUGCUCACAACCAAGCUUGGAGAAAAUGUAAUGCACUAAUGAAUAAAAAACAACAUAUUGAAGUUGCUAUCAACAAACAAUCUGACUUGAUCAAAAGGGAAUAUCGGAUUCAUUUAACUGCAAUAGUUGAUUAUAUUCGACUUUUGUUAAAGUUGGGAUUAGCAUUUCGCGGUGAUGAUGAAUCAGUGGAUUCAAAGAAUAAGGGUAAUUUUCUCGAGAUUCUACAAUUUCUUUGUAGUCAUAAUGAAGAUAUUGAUAAAGUAUUGAAAAAAUCUCGUGGAAAUCUCAAAUUAGUGUCACCUAGCAUUCAAAAAGAUAUUGUGAAAGUUGUUGCUUCUGAGACCACAAAAGUUAUUAUUGAUGAUCUUAACAAUGAUUUGUUUUCUAUUUUAAUUGAUGAAUCUCGAGAUGUUUCAGUUAAAGAGCAAAUGGCUGUUAUUUUACGUUAUGUACACAAGAAAGGAUGUGUCAUUGAGAGGUUUCUUGGUAUUGUUCAUGUUGCAAAUACAAGUGUUUUGUCUUUAAAGUUAGCACUGGAGUCCUUAUUGGGAAAGUACAAUUUAAGCUUUUCAAGAGUUCGUGGACAAGGAUAUGACGGGGCAAGUAAUAUGCAAGGAGAGUUUAAUGGCCUCAAAAGUUUGAUAUUAAAAGAAAAUAAGUGUGCAUUCUAUGUUCAUUGUUUUGCUCACGAACUUCAGUUGGCCCUUGUAGCGGUUGCUAAAAAGCAUGAUGACAUUGCUUGGUUUUUUCUUGUAGUUAAUAAUUUAUCUAAUGUUAUUGGAGCUUCAUGCAAGCGCAGAGAUAUUCUUAGAGAAAGUCAAAUUCUUAAAGUAAUGGAAGCAUUAGAGAGUGGAGAAACUUUAACUGGUCGUGGCUUGAAUCAAAAAACUACGCUAACAAGAUCUAGAGAUACUAGAUGGGGAUCACAUUAUGGUACAUUACUAAGGUUGGUUUCUUUGUUUCCUUCUGUGUGUGAUGUGCUAGAUAUGAUUUUAAAAGAUAGCCUUAGCGCAGAGAAACGAGUUGAAACUCGUCAAUUAUUGAAUACUUUAUAA